GACAUAUACAGAAGGAGAGACAGAGAAAGAAGGAGAGACAGAGACAGAAGGAGAGACAGAAGGAGAGACAGAGAAAGAAGGAGAGGCAGAGGGAGAGACAGAGACAUAUACAGAAGGAGAGGCAGAGACAGAAGGAGAGACAGAAGGAGAGGCAGAAGGAGAGGCAGAGACAGAAGGAGAGGCAGAGACAGAAGGAGAGACAGAAGGAGAGAAAGAGACAGAAGGAGAGACAGAAGGAGAGGCAGAAGGAGAGGCAGAGACAGAAGGAGAGACAGAGGGAGAGACAGAAGGAGAGACAGCCGGAGAGACAGAAGGAGAGGCAGAGACAGAAGGAGAGACAGAGGCAUAUACAGAAGGAGAGACAGAGAAAGAAGGAGAGACAUAUACAGAAGGAGAGACAGAGAAAGAAGGAGAGACAGAGACAGAAGGAGAGACAGAAGGAGAGACAGAGAAAGAAGGAGAGGCAGAGGGAGAGACAGAGACAUAUACAGAAGGAGAGACAGAAGGAGAGACAGCCGGAGAGACAGAAGGAGAGGCAGAGACAGAAGGAGAGACAGUGACAGAAGGAGAGACAGAGACAGAGAGAGAGACAAAGACAGAGGGAGAGACAGAAGGAGAGAC